AUGAAGGAAUAUGCCUUGGUAACAGACCUAAAUUUUGGAAGAUUUCCUGUGAUUGAAAACUGGCACGCUGAAGAAUGUCCACCCCUAGUCCAUAAAUACUUUGGUGGCAAAACAGUUGUUAAAGUGACAGAAGUUCAAAGUGUUUUCCUCAACUGCUAUGAGAAGGAGGAUGCAUGGAAGCUUGGGCUCAUCAACCUUAUCUACCAGUGUCUCUUUGGAUCUGAUAAUAGGAAGAGGGUAUGUUUGAAGAUCUUCAGCAUGGUGGAGGAUAUGGAAAUGUUCCUUCAAUUUCCAUGGGGAAAUGUGUCAUUCAAUUCAACUUUGAAGGGUAUUGACAAGGACAUGAAACAUCUUCGGCAACUAUAUGUGGAGAAGAAGGAAACUUGUAAGGGGAACUGUGAUGUUGCUUAUACUAUUAGUGGCUUCGCCAUAGCCUUCCAAGUUUGGACAUAUUUGGUUAUGUCUACAUUUGUCCCCAAAUUUGCGGAUAUGAUCGAGGAAAAACAUACAUGCCCAAGGAUAUUACUUUUUACAGCCUCCAGAAGCAACACCAACACUAGCCAAGAGGUAUCCAAUGCCCUUUUCAAAUGCAAUGUCUUUAACAAGAUUCAUGAGUCUGAGGAAGAGAAGAGGAACUACUGUGGGGAUGACUUUGAAGAAAUGGGAGAUUACAUUUAUGAUGAUUUAUUUGAGGUGGAUGGUAGGAAGAGAAAAAAUGAAGAUGGUACUCCCAAACAAACGCCCAAGAGGAGAACAAUUAAAAGGACAGCAAUUAAGAGGAUCGAGUCUAGUGAUGAAUCUAGCGAAGACAGCUCUCGGUCUACUACUCGUGAAUCAACCCAUGUCCCUUCAGCAACGAGUCCUCAAAAGAAAGAAGACAGUUCUCCUACUAGGCAAGACAAGUUUGACAAUCCGGUGACUAAAGCCCAGAAUGAUGACAAGUUUGAUGAGCUUACAAAGGAUGUGAAGGAGUUGACAAGGGAUGUGAAGGAGCUGAAAACUGAAAUGAAGGUAAUGAAAGAGGAUCAACGGGUUAUGUUCAAACACAUAAUCCAAUUAUUGGGUGAAAUAAAACAACAAAAGAAUGAUGUUUCUGCUGCUGAUGAUUUAGUGGAGAUGGAUUUGGAAAUCAACAAAGAUGUUGCUGAUGAGAAUGAUGAUGUUGAUGAUCUGCCGAAUGAAAAAGAAGAUGCUGCUGAUAUGAAUGAUGUUGGGUUGGAGGAUGCUGUUGUCGAUGGGUUGGAGAUGAUAAACAAUGAUGAUGUUGGGUUGGAGGAUGCUGUUGUUGAUGAAGCUGUUGUUGAUGAUGAUCAAAACAAGGAUGCUUCUGCUGUUGAUGGUUUAGAGAUGAACAAAGAAGCUGUUGUUGAUGAUGAUCAAAACAAAGAUGCUGCUGCUGAAACUGUUGUUGUUGAAACUGCUGCUGAUGAAGAGGUUGUUCAUGAAGAGGCUAUUGAUGUCGAGCAGAAUGAAAACAAAGUUGAAGAGGCUGCAGCAGUUGUUGAUAAGAAUGCUGAGUUGGGAAAGAAAGAAUUGGCCACGAAGAAGAAGAGGAAGGUAGUUUUGGCCAAAAAUAGGUUGCAGCAGUUGGGCAAGAAAAGGAAGAUGAAUGAAGAGGCUGACAUGGGAAAGAUGAAUGAUGAAGAGGCUGACAUGGGAAAGAUGAAUGAUGAAGAGGCUGACAUGGGAAAGAAGAAUGAUGAAGAGAGUUUUCGGAGAAAGAAGAGGUCCACACAAUUGGGGAACUAUACAGAUCCUAAUGGAAAAUCCUUUAAACUCAUUGAUCCAGUAACUGUAAAUCCUCUUUUAGAUUAUGAUAGUGAACUGUUGGAUGAUUUGAAACAAUGGCUGAAGCUGGAGGAUGAUGACAAGAUAAAUCUGGUUCUUUUCCAUGCUGGUCGAGAAUUGUUUAACAGAAUGUUGAGGCCUCAGAAUUGGCUACAUGAUCAGGCGACAGAUGCAUUCCCUGCUAUUUCUCUUCAUGUUCUGUGCUUAAUUCAUUCGAUGCUCUGUGCUUACUUCAUUUUCUCGAAUCUGUCGCAGGAGAUAGAUGCAGCAUGUUACAUUCUUAAAAAAAGGGUUGCCAAUUUUCCCAAGACUUAUCAACCGAUGGAUUUCUCAAUAUGUGACUGUAAUGUCACUACGAGGUUGUCGUUAUGUUAUUCAAAGUUCUCCAAAAAUCCACAAACAUACCAAUUCGACGAUGACUUGAUGGAAUAUUUCAGGGGUGAUGAAGGAAAAUUGAUGACUUCUUGGAUGAUUGUAGAUAAGAUAUAUUUCCCUAUGAAUCUUAAUAUGAAGCAUUGGGUCCUUUGUGAGGUGCAACUACAAGAUUGGUGCAUCAAUGUUUAUGACUGCGAACAAGGAUUUAUCAAAAAGAAUCACUAUGACAAGUUCAUGAAACCACUAUGUAAAAUGAUUCCAUAUCUCUUUCUAUUUGGAACGACCGAGUUUGACAGGAUCAAGUAUCCUAAGUUCAGUUUGGAAGGAAUGUCAUAUGUUGUAAUACCACACCCAAGAGUCCCCAAGUGCACGAAGAGUGGAGACUGUGGUCUUUUUACAAUCAUGUAUUUGGAGUACCUUACUGCAAAAUUGGAUAUAUCAGCUGUGACAUCAGAGAACAUUGUUUUUUGGAGACAAAAAUGGUUUCAUGCCAAAGAUUGGGCACUUGAUUGUGAAGGUUGUGUAGAUUGGGCACUUGAUUGUGAAGGUCUUGCAGUAGAUGGUGCAGGCAUCACUGCUGAGCAUGUUGCUCUGUUAUGA